UUUUUUUUUUUUACACCUCAACCCCUUUAUCGACAUAUUUCAAUUGCUAUUCCAACCUUUAAUCUUGUUCUUCUUUGCUCUUCUUCCAUUUUUUUUUUUCACUUACUUGAGAGAAAAAAAAGAAUUGAACCUUUUCCUUUGUACUUUUUUUGUUUGCUCCUUGGAGAUCUUUUAUUACAUUGAUCAUGUCAUUUGUCCAAUACCCUCAACUAAGCCAGCGAUAUCAGCACGAUACAUUUGUUAAUCCACAUGCGUGGAAACGCGUUACACUGUUCAAAAGACAAACAUCGACCACUACUACGAUUGAUACAUCGAUGACAGACGAAUUGACUUCGGCAUUAUCUUCUCUAUCAUCUGAUCGCCAUCACAACCGUCACCGUCUCCAUGAUAAAUUACACAUCGAUAUCCAAACCCAGCCAUCCACGCCCUCACUUAAACCGUCCCUGCGUCAUUCUCGUUCAGCGCCCGCAACCCCUCGCUUCAAGUCCGUCAAGUUCGAUCUCGAUCACCUUGAACAUAUUUGCCUUUUCCGAAAAGCUCAGACUCCGCGGGCCAUUCGACAGCAAAGGAUCUUUUGGGCUGGCCACACCGAUACCGUCGAGUACAUCGAUUGGCCGUCAGCUGAAGAACAAUCAACAAUGACGGCAAUGGUGCGUGUGGAAAAGGCCAUUUGUGUUACGCCAGACAGUCGAACGAUCGUCGGCCGGUUGCAAAUCCGUAAUCUCGCCUAUCACAAGAUCGUCUCGGUCCGUUAUACAUGGAAUGACUGGCUGACCGUCGAAAAUGUUCCUGCAACCUACCGUGAACCUUUGGGUAACGAUGCCACCAAUAACCUUUAUGACGUCUUUGGCUUUUCCAUUCCUCACCAAUCGGGUCAACAUCAUCUUUCGUUCGCCGUUCAAUAUGUUGUCAACGGUACUGAAUACUGGGAAAAUAAUCAAGGCCGAAAUUAUAAACUCAACCUCACGCCACCCACACAGCCAUUGGAAGAUUUGGAAGAUGAUAUAUCGGACUGGGAGGACGAUUGGCAACAAACCACCACCCCUAAAGAAGGCCAUGCUCUCCCCAUUCCCAACCACAGCCACACCGACCCUUCGCAUUAUCUGGCUCCUCGUUACGAUAUUUCGCAAUCCAUCUCGAUGGCAAAAAAGGUCCCUCAACCCGCCCUUGCCCAACCCCAGCCUUUCAAAUCCGCUACGCCGUUCACUGCACCUUCGCCUUCGCCACCAUCUCCUCCUCCUCCUCCUGCCAUCCCCUUUUGGGAUUCAUUUUCAUUAGCAUCCUCACCAACUGGUUUGGUGGAUCUCAAUUCUCCCUCAUACAUGGAUCUCGUGAACAAAUACUGUUUCUACGGCACCAGUCCCACCCGAUCACUCAUGCCCAUCAAUGGUUAGAAAACGAUCCAAAACGACGAAAUAAUAAUACCAAUGCCCGCCAGCACCCGCACCACACACAUUCACGCACAUACAUACAGACAGACAGACACACAACAAAUCGCGUGCAUCAUUCUACACACAUGUAUACAUAUCCAUCUGCACCAACGAUUUCCUCACGUGCGUGUCAUGUACUGUAACUUUGGCAAGAACAGAAGAACAACAA